UCAUAUUUUUUAAACACUUUAACAAACACGUCUUUUCUCUCUAUUCAUGUGAAAUCCUAAUACCUAUAUUUUUCUCACUUAUUAUCUCUGAAAUUGGCAGGGUGGUAAUCUUACGCUUGCGGCUUGCGCGCAUUCAUUGUCGAAGGCAAAGUGGUACGCAUUUCGUUGUGUGAGAAAGAAGAUGUGUUGUCGCUUGAGCAACAGCCUGGUAGGGUUGCUGAACCUGCUCUCCUUCCUCCUGUCGAUACCCAUUCUGGUAACCGGCGUGUGGCUGCACAAGCAAGCGGAAACGGAAUGCGAGAGAUGGCUGGAGAAGCCCCUCAUCGUGUUGGGCGUUUUCCUCUUGGUGGUGUCCCUGGCAGGUCUUCUCGGGGCGUGUUGCCGCCUCUCGUGCCUCCUCUGGCUCUACCUCUUCGUCAUGUUCAUCCUCAUCAUCGUUGUCUCCGCCUUCACCGUCUUCGCAUUCGUUGUCACCAACAAGGGCGCUGGCGAGGUAGUUUCUAACCGCGGUUACAGGGAGUACCGGCUUGGCGACUACUCAAACUGGUUGCAGAACAGAGUGACCAACCCCCACACGUGGAACCGGAUCAAGAGCUGCCUCCAGUCGGCCAAACUCUGCGACAAAUUCGAAACUCAAUUUGCCAACGACUCCGCGCAGCAGUUCUACGCGGAGAACUUGUCCGCGCUCCAGUCCGGGUGUUGUAAGCCAUCAAACGACUGUAAUUUUGCGUAUCAGGGUCCAUCUGUCUGGAACAAGACUGAUGGUGUAAAUCAUUCCAACCCUGACUGUAAUGCUUGGGACAAUGAUUCCAAUGUUCUGUGCUUCAAUUGCGAAUCUUGCAAGGCUGGGUUCCUGCAGAACCUUAAGACUGACUGGAAGAAGGUGACGAUUGUCAAUGUGAUAUUCCUUGUCUUCCUCAUUAUUGUGUACUCUGUUGGUUGCUGCGCGUUCCGGAAUAACAUGAGAGGCAAUUGGAAGUACUAGAUGCAGCCUUGUAUGUUACAAGCAUGUAAAUGAGUUAAGUAAUUUGGUUUCUUUUCUGGAUUCUUUGCAGUUGCAUAGUUAAUUUACAAUUUUAUAUCAUCUACAGUUAGUUUUUAGGCUAUGUUCCUGCACUCGUCUUCUAUUGGUGAAUACUCGUCAUCUAUUUGUUAAUUUGUGUUUAAUGUGUUAGGCAUGGCCAUAUGAAUUAAGUAUUGGAGUGGAGCUGUGCUUCAUUUUUCCCAUUAGAUAAAGCGUGUGUUUAUUUA